CAAUAGUAAUGGUUUUGACUUGUGCACACACAAUGAGUCAGUCUGUGGUACCUCAACAACACCUGUUGGUCGAGCUGCGCUCGUUGGCCCUUUUGUCCACGGCCACUCGAUCGGUGGGUUCUUGCAGGUCUCGGCCAGCCGUCUUGUCAAGAAUCGCUGAAGCCAACUCAUGGAAGGCUUGCUCAAUGUUGAUAUUCGCCUUGGCCGACGUUUCCAUAAAUCUCACACCAUGCUCUCGGGCAAUCUACGAUAAUUAAUAAAAAUUGUUUAACAAAUUAAAAAAAUGGAGGAAAUUUAAGUUACUUACUGCUUCUCCUCGCUCCUUGGCGACCUGUCUCUUGUCCUCCAUGUCACAUUUGUUGCCGAGGAUCAUCUUCUCAACGUCCUCAUUUGCAUGUUCGUCAAUGUUGCGCAGCCACUUGACAAUGUUGUCAAAACUCUUCUCAUUGGCCACGUCGUAGACUAGCAUAAUGCCCAUGGCACCUCGGUAGUACGAGGUGGUGAUUGUGUGGAAGCGUUCUUGGCCUGCAGUGUCCCAAAUCUGCAGCUUGAUUUUCUUGCCCCUCAACUCGACGGUCUUGAUUUUGAAAUCAAUUCCUGGGAACAAAAUAAAUUGCAACCAUUAAAAUUAAUUGCAUUAUUGUUUUCACGCUCUAGUUUGCAAUUAUUACAUCAGAAUAAAAGGAACUAUAAAACUUAAAAGUUAUUGUUCGAUUCCAUUCAUAAGUAACAUCAAAUCCUCUGUCUGAUUCUCCAGUAAAUAAGGAAAUCAAUAAAUAAAUGGGAAGGGAAUAUUUAUAAGAAGUCAUCCUCUGAUGAUAAAUCAUAAACCCACACACAAAAUCUUGAGCAACUAUGAGUCUGAUUCACCGACACGCCUUCGAGCAAAGAUUUUUGAAGUUAAAAAUUGACAUAGAUUCUUACCAAUGGUGGAAAUAAAGGUGGUUGUGAAGGCAUCGUCCGAAAAUCGGAAUAGGAUGCAUGUCUUGCCGACUCCAGAGUCGCCGAUCAGGAGCAAUUUGAACAGAAGGUCGUACGUCUUCUUGGCCAUUCUGCAAAGACACUACUCUGGUCAAGGCCACCACACUUAUCGAGCUGAAUUAUGCAGCCGUGAUGGCUGCAGGUGGCGUUUCGUACCUUGAUUGGUGUCCUUAAACUUCUCAAAGACCGAGUUACGCGUCAAUCCAGGUCAUAGCUGUCGAAAAUGCGGCUAAAUUUGGCAAAUUUUGGUUUUUCCUCAGCGCACAACAAACCAACACCCUCCUGCACCUUCGCAUGUAAUAAACAGGCUGGCCAACGAAUUUUGAGUUAACGUGAGCAGAAAUCCAUGACGUGACAUCGCAAAUUUUCUGUCCUCUAAGAAAAACUUUUAACUUAUUUAAUUAACUUGAUUAUUUUUAGUAAAUUGAAAUUACUACCACCUGUUAAUCCAAUUUUAAUUUGACCUAUUGCAAAAUGUUAUAUAAAACUUAUUUUUUUGCUCUGUUGGCAAUUAUGGAAUGAUGUCACCGGCCUCACGCAACCAAUCAUCGUCGAGAACCAAGUUACGUUGUUGCUUCGUUUUGUCUGGAAAAGUCAUCUGACCGUCCAUUUCGCUUUGCGCACGCCGAAUUUCGUCGCAUUUCCCGAUCGGAAAAGCUGCUGAACGCACGCAGAAUUUUCCAAGCGUUGACUUUUCCUGCUCCCGUCAACAUUUGAGAAAGGGUCAUGAGUUGGCAGCAACCGCCUGGACAACAACCACCUCCCACAGGAUUCUACCCUGGACAGCAAGGUCCUCAGCCUGGUUUCUUUCCCGGCCAGAGCUAUCCAUCUCAGGGCGGAGGUUACCCACCACAGGGAGGCUACCCACCACCAGGAGGCUACGUACCGCAAGGGGGUUAUCCACCUCAAGCGGGAGGAUAUCCAGGAGGGUUCCCUCCUCAACCAGGAUUUCCAGGAGCACCAGGAGGCGCCCCCUUUGCUCAACGCCCCGAGAUGUACGGAGGAAUGCAUAACGAUGCCGAAGACCCGCUUUCUGGGGGUGGUGGAUUUGAGUUCACCGACAAAUCCAUCCGGCGAGGCUUCAUUCGAAAGGUGUACAGCAUCUUGAUGCUUCAAUUGCUGGUCACCUUUGCUUUCAUCUCCGUCUUUGUGUUCCACACUGGCACAAAGCAAUUUGCCCAACAAAACAGAUGGGUCGCCUACGUUGCCAUGGGUGUGACCUUCGUCACCAUGCUUGCUAUCGCCUGCUGUGGAGAGGUGCGCCGCAAGGCUCCCAUGAACUUCAUCCUGCUUGGCAUCUUCACCCUAGCCGAGUCCUUCCUUCUGGGAGUGAUCACCUCCUUCCAUCAGGGAGAAGCUGUCUUCAUGGCUGUUGGAAUCACUGCUGUCGUCUGCUUGGCUCUCACUCUUUUCGCUUUCCAAACCAAGGUGGACUUCACCAUGAUGGGUGGUGUCCUCCUCGUAGCCGCCGUCAUCCUCCUGGUGUUUGGCAUCGUUGCCAUGUUCUUCCCAGGGAAGACCAUCACCCUGGUGUACGCGUCGCUCGGAGCCCUCCUCUUCUCCAUCUACCUGAUCUACGACACUCAGAUGAUGAUGGGAGGAAACCACAAGUACUCCAUCUCCCCUGAGGAGUACAUCUUUGCUGCUCUCAACCUGUACAUGGAUAUUGUCAACAUCUUCAUCUAUAUCCUGACCAUUAUCGGCGCUUCGUCCAAGGAUUAGUUAGCACCAUGUCAUGGAGAUUUGCGUUUUUAUCACUUGCUUUGGCCCUUACAAUUAGAGCUAGAAUCCAAACAAGCUGAUGCUCCGAUCUUCACAAGUACCAAAGCUUGCUUUAAAAAUUCAUGGUUUUCUUGUGGAUUAUAUAAUUUGACUGAACUGUUAAUUUUACAAUCAUUGAAAACUGAGUGUGCCACCAACACUUUGAGUGCUCAUUAAUUUAAAAGUGGCAAAGCCUACAAUUCAACGUUCAUUUUUUGUUAGUACGAGUGAAUUAAUUUGAUUUUAGGUUGCCUUAGUGAUUUAAAAAUUUCUUGACAAUGCUAUGCUAUUUGUCGUUAAUUGUUGUGAAAGAAAUAAUAUGAACACUUUUAAAUCCUCUCAUGUUAACUAAAAUAUUCUGACAUCUACUAUACCUACUCUAAUAUGAAUACGCUGGGAUCGAGUCCCAUUGCAAUAAGGCUGACAUGCUUCUCUAACCUUUGUUGCACUUUGUUUUAGUUAAUAGUGUUCAUGUGCAAGCUUGUGUGCAUUAUUCAAUAUUACUGAAUAAUUCCACAUUGUGAAGUAUUAAACACGUAUGCAGAAAUGGAACUGGCUUAAAGUUUGCAAGCCUUUCACUGUGCAUAAUGAGCACUUAGCAUACUUAAAUGCAAUCAUAUAAUCUAAAAAAAUAUUGUAUUUAAUGAUCUGUACCCUAUUACAAAGGAAUCUGGGAAAUUUGGACCAAAAUGGCAAUAUACGAUUUACCUUACGGUGGUGACAUUGUCUCAGCUAAUACUACAAUAGUGUCUAGAUUACGUGGAGUCUGAUAAAGGCAUACUUGUUAAUCCUAUCAUUUUACAUUACAUAUUUGCUACUUGAUUGUAAAUUGGUCCAGAUGUCCUUGAUCCAAUAUUUCAUCGAAAGGUAAAACAAUGGCUUUUUUAAUUUAAGAUUAUUAUGUCAUGUGGGCUUAUUCCUCCUUGGACUCUCUAAAUUUUCACUGUUUAAUUAGAAGAAUGAAAUGUAUUUUCCUCUUAUUAGUGUUGCCAAAUAAAGUGGACAAACACAAA